AUGGUUUGGUCGGCUUAUUGGGAGGUUUAUGGUUUUGAUUGUUUGGAGACAGAUCUGGUUUGGGUUGGUGCGCCUUCUUUUGGUGUUGUUGUUGUUCGCGCCGAAGGUUGGUUUGGUAAUUGGUCUGUUGAGAUCUCCAGGUUUCUAGUCAUCUUGUCUGCCUACACUUUGUAUUUGAUGCUCGAAAGAGCUUUUAUGCUUGCUGCUUUGUUCAGUUUUCAAAACUUUCUGUAUGAUUACCUCAAGAAGAAGGGAUUGUCAAACACUGCUGAGAUUUUCAAAAAUGAAGCUCAUGUUACCGGACAUUUUCCCCCUGAAUUUGAUAAACAACCACAUGGAUUGUUGCAUGAUUUCUGGAGUUUAUAUAAUGACAGUAAAUCUAGGCAACAGAUGCCCGGACCGUCCAGUCGCACAUUAGCCGGUGUGCUAGAUUCUUUGAGGAAAACUACCCCUCAAAUAAUUCUGGAAGGACAUUCUAUUCAAGAGCUUGCAUGUAUUUCAAGCGGUCAAAGUCUUUUGUCCUGCGAUUUAUCAUCGGAUGGAAAGAUUGUAGCAAGUGGUGGGAUUGGGAAGAAGCCUUUCAUUUGCUACCUGGAAACUGGUCUUUCUGUUACGGCAUUGGAGUCACAUUUAGAUACCAUCUUCGAAGUUAGAUUUCAACCAGGAUCAACUGUGUUUGCAACCUCUUCUGCUGAUAAAACAGUAAAAUUAUGGGAUGCAAACAGUCCCGAGAGAUCAUUUUGCAAUGUUGUUGGACAUAAUGGGACAGUAAGAUCAUUGGACUUUCACCCAUUAGGAGGAGUUCUUUGCACGUCCGAUACCUGUGAUGUAAUUAAAGUAUGGGAUCUCCAUAAGAAUGUCUUAGUUAACGAAUUUAAGGCAGGAAGCCUAGUGAGAUUUCAGCCUGGAUCAGGGAAGCUUUUGGCAGUUGCUAAUCGAAAUGUUAUUACCAUAAUUGAUACUCCGACUAUGGUUGUUAUUGACCAACUUCAGGGACACGUCAAAGACAUCAAUUCCAUAUGUUUGGACGUCACUGGGAAUAUGAUUGCCUCUGUCAGUGAAGAUGAAGUACGUGUCUGGUCGGACAGACGAUGCAUAUUCGAGUAUCAAUCAAACGGGAAGAGGUUUCAGUCUGUCAUAUUCCAUCCUCGAUACCCUAACGUCUUAGUUGUUGCUGGUUUUCAGUGCUUGGAAUUGUUGAUUCUUGAGACUGAGAAAAGACGUAAUAAAGGAGGUGCCUCUGAUGUAUUAAUUACUGGACUAGCAGCUACUACGGCGCGAAGUGAAUUCAAUAUUGCAUCAGCUAGCAGUGAUUCUGUGGUGAAGAUAUGGAAAUGA